GUACAAAACAAGUUUGUAUAUCUGUCCUUUGAGUCACUAAAGAGUUGUUUUCUCUCUGACAUGUAUUGAUAAGAAUGCUAGCAAUGCAAGAAUGCAUUAUUAUUAGCUUCUUAUAUAUUAGCAAAAAAACCAUCUUUUCUUCUCCAAAUCCAAACCCAUCUGCAAAUAGUAAAAAAUGAAGCUUGACAAGAAGAAAUUCAAGAAAACAAGACUAACCCAAGAAACCAAAAAUCAAGAAUCACCAUUAUUACCCAAAACAGAAAGAGAAAUUCAAGAAUUCAAUGGAGCUUCUUUUCUUGGUGCAGUGUUUAAUCUUUCAACAACUAUUAUUGGUGCUGGGAUUAUGGCAUUGCCUGCUACGAUGAAAGUUUUAGGACUUGGGCUUGGAACUGGGAUGAUAUUGUUAGUUGCAGUUCUAACAGAACGUUCUAUAGAGAUUCUGUUGAGGUACAGUAAGGCUGGGAAAGUGGAUUCUUAUGGUGGGGUAAUGGGAGAUGCAUUUGGGAAUGGUGGAAAGAGACUGCUUCAGGUUUUUGUGUCGCUUAACAAUCUUGGAAUCCUCAUUGUCUACAUGAUUAUAAUUGGUGACGUAUUAUCUGGAACAUCUUCAAGUGGAGUUCAUCAUGCUGGUUUAUUGGAAGAAUGGUUUGGAGACCAAUGGUGGAAUGGCCGUACUUUUGUUGUUCUUUUUGUGACUCUUGCUAUUUUUGCUCCAUUGGCAAGUUUCAAGAGAAUAGAUUCAUUGAGAUACACAUCUGUCUUAGCAAUUGCACUUGCAGUUGUUUUCCUUGUUAUUACAGCUGCAAUCACAGUGUUCAAAUUGGUAAAUGGAAGUGUUUCCAUGCCUAGAUUGCUUCCUAAUGUUUCUGAUAUCACAUCAUUCUGGAAUCUCUUCACUGUUGUGCCAGUUCUUGUGACAGCUUUUAUCUGUCAUUUCAAUGUUCAAACAAUUCAAAAUGAGCUUCAAGACUCUGCUAUGAUACAGCCAGUUGUAUGGACUUCAUUAGCUCUAUGCUCUACUGUCUAUAUAAUGACAAGCGUCUUUGGAUUUCUACUAUUUGGAAACUCAACUCUAGAUGAUGUUUUAGCCAAUUUUGACACCAACCUUGGAGUCCCUUACAGCUAUAUACUCAGCGAUAUCAUUCGCAUAAGCUAUGCUCUUCAUCUUAUGCUUGUUUUUCCGAUCGUCUUUUACCCACUGCGGAUGAAUUUGGAUGGCCUUCUUUUCCCCUCAGCUAGGCCUUUGGUUUCAGAUAACUGGAGAUUUACAUUACUUAGCAUGGCAGUAAUUUCUCUCAUCUUCUUGGGUGCAAAUUUUAUUCCAAACAUCUGGAUUGCUUUCCAGUUCACUGGAGCAACUUCUGCAGUUUGUAUUGGAUUUAUCUUCCCAGCUGCUAUUGCCCUGAGGGAUUCCCAUUUGGUAGCUACAAAGAAAGAUAAGGUUAUGUCGGGGCUCAUGAUUUUCCUUGCUCUGUUCUCAAGUUUGAUAGCUAUUUAUAGCGAUGCCUAUGCCCUGCUCAGAACGAAUGCCUCCCCAAGCGAAUGAUUUUGCUCAAGCUUUUGAUUAAGAUUAGAAGAAACGCUUAGAAACCUCCUGUGCUCAUAUAUAUAGAUUACCUUGUAAUGUCUUUGUCCACAAGAAUUACUGUUUCUGCUAGAAAUUGAUAUGGUGCAAUAUACUUAUUUGUUUGUCUCA